AUGAGUCUCCUCACUCUGCGCGAUUGCGUCCAGUGCCCUUCUAGCCUUCCCCCGUGUACUUGCUCGUCAGACCAGACCUGUAUCCUCAUAGAAGAGUCUUGUAGCGCGUGUGCUAGCUACACCUGCGCAGCAAACGACAAGUCCUCGAGCUCUGGCUCGGGUGGUGUCAGCAAAGGCGCAGUGGCAGGGGCCGUGGUCGGGGUCGUCAUAUUUCUGGCUGCCGUCGUGGCAGCCGUGUACCUCUACCGCCGACGUCUGCGCAAGCAACGCGAGGCUGUCGCAGCCCUAGAGCGCAAGGGGGACGUGCCGGCUCGCGCGGAGGAUGUGCUCAAUAGACCUGAUCCGAACGAAAAGGCGAACGCGGCAGAGCCUGUACCAAAUGAACGUACGGUGCGCGUUUACUCUGGCGCCGAUGGUGGUGUCAUCAACCUCGAUCCCGAGGCGGUGGAUUUCAGCGGCGCUGGGCCUACCUCCGCGCACCCGUCCCGCCGUGGGUCUGCGCAAUCCAAUCCGUUCGAAGACAACCACUCGAUCCAGACGACGUCCACUGGAACGCAGUCCAACGUGAUCCCUAUCGCGCUCGUUGCCCCGCAUGCGCACACCCCCCCACCAUCGAUGCAGGCUACAUCGGGAUCGAGCGUCGGACCGUCUGGACCCACUCGCCCUUCGCGCUCUCCGGAUCUGGACCUGAACCUGGAACAUGUCAAUGUCUCUCAGGAUGCGGUUAACAGCGAUGCCGACUCACAGCGCUCUGACAUGGGGAACACCAACGCAAUCGCGAACCACCGGCUGUCGUACAUGACGACGGGCAGCUACGCCAGCGACUUCCUGAACGAGGCACCGGUAAUCGUGACGCCGACGCGGGGAUUGGUGAAACAGGUGGUUGGCGUGGUCAAAGCCGACUACGUGAGGGCGCCGGCAGCACCAAGCAACGAGGGAUUGCGCGCUCCGUCGGGGAUGACGCGUCCCCCGGUGCGUUCCCCGCUGGCGGCAACGAGUUUCGGUCCGUCGGACGUGCUGCGGGAGACAGAUGAUGAGCCAGAGGUCGUCGCACGUGGCAAUCCAUUCGGUGACGAGCAUUCAGCGCAGCACACCGGCCUGCCAUCGCCCGCACCGUCUGUGUCAACAUUCGGGUUUCCUGACGCUAUGCGUACCCCUCAGCAGAGCGCGAGCCAAUACUCAGAGCCCACACCCGACCUCGAGCACGAAUGGACUCCCGAGGGUCCACGACCUGCAUUCGCUAAGAAGGUUCCACGCCCAGUUAGCACAGCCACAGCUGCCUCUUCCGUCAUUGGCGCAGACAUCAGUACUGCGACGCGUGUGCACAUUGGGCUUCAGCAAUACAUCGGCGACAACGUCCCCCCUGCUACGGCUUCCAGUGGAGCAUUGGGCACGCCUCGCUCGCCUUAUAGAAUGACGAGCGCCCAGCUCGUGUCCCCCCCCUCCGCGGCUUACCGAAACGGGCCAAUGGAGCAGCAGCAGCAUCGGGCGAUGCAAGACCUUGACGAGAGACGAAUGUCUCAGUCCUCCGUCUUGACCACGUCGACGCGCGCCGAUUCCAUCCUCGAGAGUUUCCCCUUCGUUCCACCUUCGCCCAUCUCCAACCGUCCGAUCCGGUCCCCACCGCGCUCUCCACUUGCACAGCAGACGUUCGCCAAUAAUAAUAAAUCAGCACAGUCAAAGAUUCCAGCUGCGCGAGGAGAAGUCGUGCACGAUACCGCUCAACCUCCCGACUCCCCUCUUCCCCCGCCUCCUAACCGGCAGAUGCUUGGACUGUCGGUUGCCUCGCAGUCCUCGACGACAUCGAAUGGACUGGGCUCGUUCCCCUUCCAGAUCGAUUCUGGGAGCGGCUCAGAAAGCGCCACGCCUUCGACUUCACCGCCAUCCGCCUUUAUGGGUCGUCAGCGUGCAAGCUUAGACACGCUUGCUCUAACGAGCGACCUAUCCUCGUAUCCGCUUGGAUUUGAUCGCGGUUCUGCGGCGCCUAUGCCUCACCGACGCUAA